AUGGGAUAGAUCCGAAGCUGUUGGGAUGGGUGGACAUAUGGUUGGACUUAAGGGGUGAUGCCUCUGAGAAUUGUGUCACUGUUUAGGUUUGAAGGGUGUCUAGCGUUUUGGUACUUUUUUCACUAGUUUUGAGUUUUAUGUUACUGGUUGUUUCAUUAAUUUGAUCUGUGGCCCUUAACACCGUAAGCAUGGAGCUAUCUGUAUUACUGUCUAGAUUUGAAGACAGUUGGUUCAUAGAGUUCUUCAAAAUUCUUGAUCAUUUAAGCUAAUCCAAAAAGUCAUUUUAUGAUAAAUUAAGUUCAAAAUUGCUGGAGAACCUGGAUUAAAGUGCAUAAGCAAAGGAAUGGAUUCUGAUAAAUUUCAAUCCAUAGCUGAAAGGUCUGCGAUUCCUCGAUUCUGCACUUUGUUCGGGUAUGAAGGUGUCCUGUGUUUUGUAGAUUCCCUUUUGCUGAUUCUGAGUUUUAUAUUAAUGAUUGUUUCAUUCAUUUUGUUAUGACCUUCUUCCUGGCCAGUCACAAAACUGAGUUACUGGAAAUUCAUGCUGAUCGUCCUAUAAUGAACGUGGUGUUCAUCC